UCAAACAAACACUACUUCCUUCAGUACUUCACUUCAUUCUUCAUUGUCACUCACGCUUCUCAAUUUUCUCAUCGUUGAAGACGUUGUUGACACACUUACACUUGACGUCAAAAGUUACAGUAGUUGAAUAGUUGCCUGUCUGGGUUACAUUAAGUUAUUACAGCACCACUUAGGCUUGGCUGACAGGGCCUACCGUAACUAAAGCGUUUUUUAAGGUUAGGUGCAAAUUUGUCCAAGUAAAAACAAACAAAUUAAUUUACUGGGAUCACUUAGAAAACAUGACAGCUGCUGGAAAGGCACUGUUAUACUCAUUUUGGAGAAGCUCCUGUUCUUAUCGAGUACGGAUAGCUUUGAAUUUGAAAGAGAUACCAUAUGAAAUAAAACCAAUUAGUCUAGUGAAAAAUGGAGGAGAGCAACACAAUGAUGAUUACAGAGAAAUCAACCCUAUAUCUCAAGUGCCUGUCUUGGAGAUCGAUGGUCAGAGACUCAUAGAAUCGCUCAAUAUCAUGCAUUACCUGGAAGAGACUCGGCCUCAGAGACCUCUCAUGCCUCAAGAUGUGGUGAAAAGAGCAAGGGUGAGGGAGAUUUGUGAGGUGAUAGCUUCAGGCAUCCAGCCGUUGCAGAAUCUAUUUGUGCUCGUCCAAGUUGGGGAAGCAAAAAAACUUGAAUGGGCUCAACUUUUUAUCAACCGUGGAUUCAGAGCUGUUGAAAAACUGCUGUCGUCAACAGCUGGCAAGUACUGUGUUGGAGAUGAACUAACUUUGGCCGACUGCUGUCUAAUACCGCAAGUGUUUAAUGCUAGGAGAUACGGAGUUGACUUGAGACCAUAUCCAAUAGUCUUACGCAUUGACAGAGAGCUUGAAAAUCAUCCAGCAUUUCAGGCUGCUCAUCCAUCUAACCAGCCAGACUGCCCUCCUGAAGCUACCAGAUGAAACGAAGCCGACCUCAUCAUGUACAAAUAUAUAUAGCUUAAUGUAAAUAUGUAUAAAGAGCUAUGAGAUACACAUCACAUAUAGUACCUGCAGGGUGUAGCUGCAAUAUUGGUACUAUCACAGUUGAAUGCAUUUUCAUGGUUCUGUUAAGUAAUAGUAGUUUACGCAACGAUUGCGUUAAGAUGGUGUUAACGACACGAGUAUGCCUUAAAAAAUUCUACGAGUGUCGUUAACACUAUUUACGCGAGUUGGGUACACUACUUUACCUAUGACAAUGUUUUAAUUACUAAAAAUUACUUCUCAUUAACUUCUAAGAGAGGUUAUGUUUUAGUUUAUAACCUCUCAUUGCCACUGACAGUGAUGCAACGAAACAUUGUACCAAACACUAAUUGAAUCACUCAACAAUAUUAAAUUGGCCUGAACAGCUGAUUAGUUGAAGUUCGAAUCAUUACAAUUUUACUUCUUCUCUCUAAAUCCUUGAACCGCAUUGGUCUGUUACCCAUGUUGUUAUGAGUAAAACUAUGCUGUUAUGAAAGUAAACAAUACUGUAUUGAGAAACUUUUCAAUUCUAAGAACUGUACUGAAACAACUACUUUAAAAAACGGUCGUAGGUAAAAACACAUUUAAACAUGAAAGUGUAUGAAUGUUAAAUAGUUCUGAGGAGAUACUUGAGCUAGUGAAUCAUGUUGGAGAAUUAAAUUUAAAUUUAAUUUGUUUAUUGUGAUCAUUCUUAAAGUUGUGCAAUGCAUGGAUGGUUCUGUGAAAUUGUAUUCUCAAAUGUGAAGUUAUUUUACAUUAUGUAGAAUUUAAGUGAAGUUAAUCAUGAUACCUUCACAGAUUUAGGUGGUAAUGUGAUACUGAAUGCAAUUGAUUGUGAGUUUUUAUAAAUACACAAAACAUAUCUCAGGGUUAGUUGAUUUCUUAUGAGGCAAUAAAAGAUGCUGUCACACGUGUUAUAGAGUGUAGUACUGUAUGAAAAAGAACUUCUCCCACCACACUUUCUCUUAUGUGAGUAUGUGAAGUGACUAAAAUUGUAAUCAAAGUAUUAACUUAACCAUGAUUUUUAUGAACCCAUAUUGUCAGGUUGUCCAAAAUUGUAUAAUACCAAAUUAUAAUACAAGUCAUACAGAUUUAAAUUAUAAUAGAAUAAAAUAGUACAACAAUAUUUGAAUAUGUAAACCAAUUUUUAAUAAAACCUAAAACCAUAAUUGGAACAACAGUUUAUGAAUUGAAUCAACUACAUUUUACUUUUUAACAAUUUGUUAAGCCUCUUAAAGUUAUGUUUUCCAAUAACACAUUCCAUGUUUGUUUUUAAGUAUUGUUUGUCAGCAAAGUAAUAAACAGCACAGUGAACAGUCCAAUCUGGCGGUCCAGAAUCCCGACAAUCUGGGUACGGAAUAUUUAGUUUUUUUCAUUAAACUAAAUAUAGGUCUCAUUUUAAUGUUACCAUACACACAGCAUUGUUUUCAAGCCAAAACAAAUGGGGCUGUAAUUUAAUUCUAUGUAAUUAAGUAACAAAAUGGGAUUUGUUUUUAAUUUUGUACAUAACUAUUACUAGGUGUGCAUCUUUGUUAUUCUUCAGAUGUACUUAAAAUAAAGAAUGUUUCUAUUGGUCA